UGCUUUGGACCUGAUUGAAUUAUUUUACGUGCCUUUGUUUCGCUUUUGUUUCGAGUAAAAAUGGCUGUGUCGAGACCCUGUGUUAAUGAAGAGGAACCGAACUUCGUGUUUAAGUGUCUUGGGGAGCGAGGAAGAGAAGCAGAGUUAGUUAAAGAGUACGACGAAAAAUGUCUCAGCUUUAUUUUGGCGAAGCUCACGGAGGCCUCGACUAAAUUUACCGAAAAAAAACUUGCAGUCCGACCCUAUGGCAGUGCAGCGGAAGAUUUGAAGUGCUUAUCGCCAGAAAAUUAUGGAGAUAUGGACAUUAUGGUAUUCCCAACCACAGAUAGCUUCAUCAUUCACGAAGACAUGCUCGAAUAUUUACCAGAAAACCCCCUCUAUGUAAGGAUCAGAGCAAGCGACCAUUCCGUGUUUCAGUCGUGCCUUGUAGAAGGUACAGAAUACCUGGCCACUUCAGCGCUGAAGAACUUCGAUUCUGCGAUUUAUGGGAACAAAUCGUCCGAAUGGCUCGAUUAUUUGAAAUAUAGCUUAAGCAUAGUCUCCACCGAUCAUUGUUCGCCCUCUCUUCCGUGGGUCUACGAUUGGAAGAACAAGGAAGUAGGCCCGGCGUUUACGAUUGAUUCCAAGCAGUGGUUUGGAACGAUCCUCGAACAACUGCAAAACAUGACUGAGUCAAAGAGGGGGUGUAGCUGUGAAUUGGCCGAUUGGGAAGGGCUGGCUAGCUCGAUGUUCAAUGCAAAUGGAAUUGAUUACACACGAGAACACGCUUCUGUUAUUGAAGAUUUACUUCGCUGUGUGGGUGAAUCACAGGCUUCGCUGAUUGAAAGUGGCCCAGAUGGAUUUAUCCGUGGACUACCCACCUUCUUUCAAGAAUUUAUAUCAAGCGAUGAGGUGAAAAGCUUCAUAACCCGAGUCCAAGCUAUUGAAAGUCGAAAACAAAACGAAUGUGGAAGUCGGGCGGAAGCGAUCUGUCACGAGGAGACCGGUGUCACGCAACAAAAGUGUCACACUAACGAAGUUGAAAGAAAUUCAGAACCUGCCCAUUUUGGCCCCAGUGUCACGGCACAAAAUCGUAGCGACGCUCAGACGCCUGGCAAUCAAGACUUGGAGUCCACCUCUUCUGAUGAGAUUGACAAUACACGAAUCCCAUACGAGUCAGUGACUGAACAACAAAACGACAGGGAAGGUGCGCGAGAAACGAUCGAAAACACCUCAAAACAAGAUGGCGGAGUGGUUCAAAAGGAAUCCAAAGCAGAAUUGAAGAACUCCGGUGAAAGAGAAGGACCGACCCCAAAAGAUGCAACAGUAAGUGACAGAGCCAAACAUGAGGUGAAAUCUGGAGAAAGAGAGAAAUUUCAUCUCAAACGAUGGCUCAACCAUUUGAUUGGGGAAGAAAGUGGAAACAAGGAGCAUCGUAUCGAAGAGAAAGACUCUAUCACGCGUAAGAGGGGAAUUGAUCUCGUGCCUGCUUUAAGAUCCCGAGGAUGGCCGAAGGCUUCACGAGAUUGGCUCGAAAGAGAGCGGAAAUGGCCUUCCGUCGAAUUGGUGACUAAGAUCAUUGACGAAGGCUACCACCUAGUUGUCAAAUCUCCAAGGUACAGUGAAAUUCCCGAGUGCGACUUCAGAAUCUCAUUUUCUCAUGCAGAGUACCUGCUAAGCCAAGAGAUGAACGAAAUCCAACGCGAGUGUUACCGUUGUCUGAAGAAAUUGCACCGUGCCUAUCUUUCCAGUCCAGCAGGUUUGGUGUCGUUCCACCUCAAGAAUCUCUUUUUGCAAACAAUAGAGGAGACUGGUGCCGACAUGUGGACCGAGGACAAAAGAACCGAGUGUAUGAUGAAGCUCCUCGAAAACCUGCUAAAAGCUUUAAAAGACAGAGACUUGCGACAUUUCUUCGCGAGAUCAUACAACCUUUUUGGUGUUGAUUACUUUGAGAAUCCCGAAAAUCUGGCAUCUCUGGCCGAGUUGGUGAAGAAUAUCAUGGAAAGUCCGGUUGAGUUUUGUAAAGCACUGAUCCAGAAAAAUGAAGAUGAUACGAAGCAACUUAAAAAGAAUGAACCACAACAAGACAGCGAGCGAGCAGUACCUGGAAGAGCAGCUGAACAAGGAAGCGUCCAUGACAACCAAGGAAACAAAGAAAUUACGACAGAUACUGUGUUGCGCAGCCCUAAACAAUGUAGCAACCUACUUCCAAAUUAUAGAUACCAUGAUAUGCAAGAUAUGUACCUCCAAGUCGGCAAAGAGUUGGUAGAAGAAGCUGUAAACGGAGAUGAAAUUCAUGAUCCUCUUGAAAGAUCCCUGGUAAAAGAUUUCAAAGAAAUGAUACAAAGCCAUAAUAUUCAGACUGAGCAUUUCCUUCAAAUGUUGAGAAGCGGCUGGUCCAAUGCUUAUUUCAGGAUCUGCCUCAGUACCGAGCUGGAAAUGAGGCGCCGAAUGCUUGAUGCAAUCCGCGGUGAUGUCGAAACGUGGAAGUACUGUUUGAGGCAGGAAGACUUGGCGUCAGGGAACGAAGAAGCCAUAGCCAACCGAAUGCUGGAUCCAUCCAAUGAGGAUCGUUUUGACUUAAGCAACAUAGUUCCAGCUGGUGGCCUUGGACAGUACCUGCGCAUGUUCCUCAAUGGUCUUGACCACAGGACACCUCAACCAGCACAAGUGCAGACGACCCAGGCUGUGGAUGCUAUACCUUUAGACUGAACUGAACUAUCAGUAAGGGAAGUGACUUUGUUUUUUGUUUAUUUUUUUUAACAGACUGCGUAAGGUUGCAAUGUACUUUUGUUUCUUAGAUGACGCGCGUUCAUAUGGAACUUUAAGAAGCAGAAAAAGAAAGCGUUUUGCUUCUUCGGAGUCAAUCCUACCAUCUUCCGCUUGGUUCUUAGGACGCUUUACUGCUACAGAGCUUUAGGAGACUUAUGGCUAGUGUUGUUUUCUUUCAUAGUUUAUCGCAAUUAAUGGUACGGGUGCUUUGAGUGUACUCUGCAUAGGGGUAGUUCUUUUCGCUCCUUUUUUUUUUCUCGAUUACAUUUGAACUGGUUGCAAUUGUUAUUAACUUGAUUGCAUAUUGGUUUAUUCUGUGUUGGCAUAUUAUAUAUCUAUCAACAACUACACCAACAAACUGAUCAAUGAAAUUAGAGAAAUGGCUUUUUGUUAUAACCAGGCAAACUCACACAUUCACACAAGGAAAAGAAGAGACAAAAAACCAAAGUACAGAAAGUGAUCCCAUUGGAAUAAAAGACUAAAUUACCUAAAUUUUAUCACCCAAUUUCAGUUGCUAUUUUGUUUUUCUCUCAUUUUUUAUGCAUUUUUUUAAAAGCUAAAUAUUUGUGAAAGGAAGAACUGUUUAAAUCUGUUGGGGUUCUUCACGUGAAGGAAAGCGCUCUCAAAACAGCAGACUAGUAGGGUAUGAAGUAACUAAACUUUAAGUUUCAAAACGACUAGCUAGAAGUAUUGAGACGAUUACACAAAUAUACACACACUUGUAGUAAAAAGUGAAAAAAUGGCUAUCAAAAAUAAGUAUAUUUUGAGCUGUUUCGAGGAAGGUUUUCGGCAAAAUGGACAAAAGUGCACGCGAUAAUCUCGAAUAGAAAUAUGGCUAUCCGGUAAUCGACGAAUUUUAAUAAGUAAAAUGAAUGAAUAAACUCAUCAAAUCCGCUGUGCCUCAUCCUUACGAUGACGUUCUCUCAGAUUUCCCUGAAAUCCUGAGGUGAAGGAACUACCAUCAAUACCCUUCGGGUAUAUUUCGUGAAUUUUUCGCUUUUUUCCUUCAACCUUUCUCGAAACAGCUGUUCAUUAGUAAGAUAUCAGUACAUUUAAGUAAAUACAUUGUCAUCUUGAGGGUCUCAAAAAUAAGACUAUAUUAGUGUUCUUCGAUAACGUUAGGGUUCAUGUGUAAAUGUUCAGAAAAAAACUUUACUACUAAUAAAUUAUGAUCUCGUCGCUGAUGAAAUUAAAAAGACGU